GUGGAAUCGAGCAUCCCAGAAGCGGAGAUCCUGUGGUGCGAGUACGCAAAGUACGUGCGGGCAAGCAACGGCAAGAACGGCCGCGUGUACUGGCGUUGGAAGGAGCUUCGCGCACACGCGGCGCUGAGCGACGAGUGCGCAUCCCUCUCGGCUGGCGGCGAGCUCUCCGUGGUUGACGAAGAUUGGGAUCCGGGAGACGCGCUGUGCUCGCAGGACUCGUCAGACCCAGGGUUGCUCGAGGCGCCGCAGGAUCUCUGGAUCGACCACGCGUUCAUCCGAACAGACUCUGCCAAACGGACAAGGAAAGACAGAGCCUUCGCGAGGCGGCAAGCUUCUCGCCUGAGCGAGGCACGAACGAUGGAGAGGUGGCUGGUGGGCGGGGGCACGGACCAGGGGGGCACGGACGAGGAGCGCGCGCGGGGGCAGAAGGACGACGAGGAGGAGCCGGGGAUCUUGGCGGAGCUCCACGCGCAGGACCCAGACGCCCUCGCCGGGUUCGUGGUCGAGCGCGCGGAGUCCGAGGGGCGGAAGCCUGCGCGGACGAGUUUCGCCAAGCGCACCACGCCCGCGCCAGAGAUCGCGACCCCUUGCCCCAAGCGGGAGGCCCAGCAGCAUGCGCAGGCGCGCCGGAUGCGCGUGGCCAAAACGAUCUUGCUCGAGAAGAACGAGAGGUGGGCGACGCGGUCUCACGUCCCAGACCUGUGGGCUCUGGUGAAGGCGCGCCUCGCGGAGGAGCGCGCGGCGCCGGGCGAUCGCGAGGGGCCCGUGCCGGAGGGGCCCGACUGCGUCGCGGCGAAGGGCGGCGCUUCAGACAGGGCGGGCUGUCCAGAGGUUGAGGCCGAUUGA